ACCUUAAAAAACCAUCUGUCAGCUGUGCAAACCUGAAGCGAGAUUUAUUUCAAGUUCUAAUUUAUUUAGAUAAGUGAUAAAUAAUAUACAUAUUGAGGCAUUUGUUCAAAUUUCUGCAUACUGCUACGCUCCAAAAGCAAUUCUUGUUCGUUGAGAACGUUCAGAGUUGAUAUGAAAUCUACCGUGACGAUGGUUGCUUUUGUGACGUGGUGUUAUAAGAGUACAACUCAGACCGUUUUGUUACGUGUAAUAGGUUGAAUUUAAAACAGGUGUAUAAUUAAAUCCACUAUCUAAACAGAACGUGCUUGUAAGAACCACGGUUUACAAAAAACGAUUGAAAUGCGUCCACGGAAAACAAUCUUCAUUGCUGCGAUACUGGUAGGAUGGGUUUUCACCACAUAUCUGAUUUUUCUACGAAACUUCAAGGAUUCCACACCACAGAAAAAUUCUGAAGUAUUACAAAAAGUUCGUUUGCUUGAACAAAACAUACAAAUAGAAGAAGACAACAGAGAAAAGCUCUAUCGUGAAGUUAUCAGAAUUUUGCAAAAGGAAGAAAAAGUUACGAGUUCUGAACCAUUGCCAACAUUAGCAAAUGAAGUCGAGGUAGACGAUGUACUAUCUAAAGUUGCAGAAUCUCCACCAAGGCCAGAGGCUGAAAUCAUUCUUAGUAAAUUCCAGCAAAAAUAUAUAAACGAUGAUAUAAACAGUCCAGUAAUACCAGUGCUAGUAUUUGCCUGUAAUAGGCUUUCAGUCAAUAGAUGUUUAGACGAUUUGAUCAAAUAUCGUCCCAGGGCUGACCAAUUUCCAAUCAUAGUUUCACAGGAUUGUGACCAUGAGCCUACCCGGAAUUUGAUUCUAUCGUACAAAGAAAAUUUGACACUAAUUAGACAACCUGAUCAGUCUGAUAUUACCGUACUACCAAAAGAAAAGAAAUAUAAGGGUUACUACAAAAUUUCACGACAUUAUGGAUGGGCGCUAAAGACAGUCUUUAAGGAAGGAUUUGAAUCAGUCAUCAUCGUAGAAGAUGAUUUAAGUGUCGCUCCGGAUUUUUUCGAAUAUUUCUUGGGAACAUAUCCCAUAUUGAAAAAAGAUCGUUCAUUAUGGUGCAUCUCAGCUUGGAACGACAACGGCAAAGAUGGACUGAUUGACAAUGCUGCUAGCGAGCUACUUUAUCGGUCAGAUUUUUUUCCGGGACUCGGAUGGAUGAUGACCAAAGAAUUGUGGGAAGAGCUGGCACCCAAAUGGCCUAAAGCGUUUUGGGAUGACUGGAUUCGACAGCCUGAACAGCGUAAAGAAAGAGCUUGUAUCCGACCCGAAUUACCACGAACACGCACUUUUGGAAAGAUUGGGGUUUCAAAUGGUCUGUUUUUUGAUAAACACUUAAAGUAUAUUAAACUCAGCGAAGAAUUCACCGGAUUCACUAAAAUGAAUUUGACUUAUUUGCAAAAGUCUAUUUACGACAACAUGUUCCUGAAUACGGUGUAUCAGAGCCCAAUUGUAACACUAGACGAGCUCAAACGAGGUCAGGUUGUGCCCAAGGAUUCCAUUAGAAUUACAUACCUUACCAAAGAGCAGUACAAACGGGCUACCAAGAGCCUUGGUUUAAUGGAUGAUUUCAAGAGUGGAGUUCCUCGCACUGCGUACCACGGUGUUGUUUCAUUCUUCUAUAAUGGACAGCGAGUAUAUCUUGCCCCAAACACUAACUGGAAAGGAUAUGAUCUCACCUGGAGUUAACAGCAACGGGUACUUCUUUAUCGACGAGAAAGUUUAAGCGUAUUUUUAAGCAAUUUACUGGGGUUGAAAAACUGAAACCGGUACACUUUUCCUACAGGAAAAUCAUUUUUUGUUGUAGAGCGUUCUAACAGACUGAAAUUAUAUUGUUUCUGAUGCAAUAUGCUGCUCAAUCUACUACAAGGAACCAAACGCUCUGGGUAGAUCGAGAUUAUACUGCUUUUUAUUCUUUAUAGAAAACUUUCAACUGCAUCACGGCAUUUCAUUCCUCUCCGUUGGUAAAUAUGGUGUAGUUGCGUUCUUUCUACACAUAUUUUUAACAAUCUUUGAUGUGCUAAAUAUCGAAGUGCAUUGUGUAGUUUCGUUAAAUAAUUAUUCAUAGAAAGCUAAUUUUUUAUAGUUUUUAAAUUCCAAUGAAGAAGGUAAAUUUUUAAAAUAAUCAUAGGUAUAUUUUUUGAAACUAGUCAAUCGUAGAUAACCGACAUUAUUGUCUCCGUGGACAGUUUUUUUUUGUCACUAUUCUCAAAAUUGUCUAACAAUUGUAAAAAUCUUCUCUUGCUAACAAUAGUUAAUUUUUGGCAUUGACUUGUAUUGAUUUGUAAAAAUCAUACUUUUCGAACUUAUAUAUGGAACAUGUGAAUUCAUGUUAAAAGGUAUAUGAAUGCAUAUGAAAAAAAAAAUCAAGUAAACCUAAAGCCUAUCUCACGCCUUGAGCACAUUUUUAUUUUGGACAUGCAUAUUAUUACUUAGUGUAAAAUGCGCAAGCACCGUGUAGAGCACCAUUUGUUAUCCUUUAAGCUACAGGCAAACAAACUUUACUUCGUUUAAAAUGCAACAAAGAAAAAUGUUAGGAGAUAGUGUCCUAGGAAAAAGGCGCGCAGCUAAACGCAAAUUGUACUGUUGUUAGUAUCACGGGUACAAAGGAAAAUCUUGCAUUUAUUUCGUACCCUGCUCAUCAGAUUUUUCUCGAAAAGCUGGAUUCGAUAAAUAAAUAGCAUACCAGAGCAGCGUCCAAUAAGGUCAAAUAAGAAUGCAUGCGUACGUACCUAACUAGCAUCGCAUUACGAAGAAUCUAAUUCAUAAAAUUACACUAAGCUGAAGCACAUAAAUACGAAGCAAGCAAAAUUGAUAACCCCGAUCUCUGCGUAGUUUUCGAUGGAUUUCUGAAAGAAGAUUUGCCUGUUCUAACAGAAGAAUAAAAUAUAACAUUGUAAUAUAUAAGCCAGUGGUUGGCUGUGAUAUCGUAGUCUUACAAUAAUGUUUGUUUAAUUUUAGAGAAAUUUCUUUGACUGCAUCCUAAGCUGUUGUGUUAUAUGAAAUCUAAAUCUAAAUUAAGGGCACAUGGAUUUUUCUACGAGCAUUGUUUUAUGAAGCUCAAUAUGUAGAACUACUGAGAUCACGGGAACACGUUCUAUCUCUCUGGACGCCAUGGUAUUUCGGUUUAUUACGAUUUUUGAUCAGGAAAGUGAACAGUGUGAUAUCCUCUACAUCAAACCCUGCAUUUGAAUAUUAUUUCGAAUUUUUAGAUUCCUUUAGACCUGCAAAUUUACUUACUUCUAAUUUUUCUAUUGAAAUCUAAUCAGGUAACUGCAAAUCUUUCUUAUAAGUGAGGCUGACGUGACGUUUUCCAGUUUGGCCACAACAUAGGGCCAGCGGUUAACAACGCAAUCGUGAAAAAAUAUUGAGGAACGAGUAAUAGAAACACAAAGAACCGUUUAAAUGGUGCCUAGGAGUAGCAAGCCAUUUUCAGGAGCUUAUUACGGGAGUCACUUCACGGUGAAAUCAGAGUGAAGUGAAUAAAUUCCCUUAGAGAUAAGUGACUUUUCACCUACGCAUACUAGUAAACGUGUAAACCCGUGAAAGUUGCUUUUGUUUCCUCAAAACUGUAAAUCAUCGCAUUUCGUUGCUUCGACUUUUAUCACUUUUUAACAUUUUUGGUGGAUUAUGUUCAGCAGCUUCUUCCGAUUUCUGAUCACGAAUGAAAAAAAAAUAUUCAGAAACAAGUUUAAAACACAUAAUGAGUGUUCAACUGAAUAUUUGUCCAGCUGCUAAAAACAUAGUAUUGCAAACAAAAUAGCUAUUUGUAAAUAUUUUCCUCAAAUAGUUGCACUAACACAUUCGAGGAAUACUCUGCAUCAUCCACAAGUAUCAUCCACAAGUAUCAUCAACCUAUGGCAGGCGCGCAGCUAAACGCAAAUUGUACUGUUGUUAGUAUCACGGGUACAAAGGAAAAUCUUGCAUUUAUUUCGUACCCUGCUCAUCAGAUUUUUCUCGAAAAGCUGGAUUCGAUAAAUAAAUAGCAUACCAGAGCAGCGUCCAAUAAGGUCAAAUAAGAAUGCAUGCGUACGUACCUAACUAGCAUCGCAUUACGAAGAAUCUAAUUCAUAAAAUUACACUAAGCUGAAGCACAUAAAUACGAAGCAAGCAAAAUUGAUAACCCCGAUCUCUGCGUAGUUUUCGAUGGAUUUCUGAAAGAAGAUUUGCCUGUUCUAACAGAAGAAUAAAAUAUAACAUUGUAAUAUAUAAGCCAGUGGUUGGCUGUGAUAUCGUAGUCUUACAAUAAUGUUUGUUUAAUUUUAGAGAAAUUUCUUUGACUGCAUCCUAAGCUGUUGUGUUAUAUGAAAUCUAAAUCUAAAUUAAGGGCACAUGGAUUUUUCUACGAGCAUUGUUUUAUGAAGCUCAAUAUGUAGAACUACUGAGAUCACGGGAACACGUUCUAUCUCUCUGGACGCCAUGGUAUUUCGGUUUAUUACGAUUUUUGAUCAGGAAAGUGAACAGUGUGAUAUCCUCUACAUCAAACCCUGCAUUUGAAUAUUAUUUCGAAUUUUUAGAUUCCUUUAGACCUGCAAAUUUACUUACUUCUAAUUUUUCUAUUGAAAUCUAAUCAGGUAACUGCAAAUCUUUCUUAUAAGUGAGGCUGACGUGACGUUUUCCAGUUUGGCCACAACAUAGGGCCAGCGGUUAACAACGCAAUCGUGAAAAAAUAUUGAGGAACGAGUAAUAGAAACACAAAGAACCGUUUAAAUGGUGCCUAGGAGUAGCAAGCCAUUUUCAGGAGCUUAUUACGGGAGUCACUUCACGGUGAAAUCAGAGUGAAGUGAAUAAAUUCCCUUAGAGAUAAGUGACUUUUCACCUACGCAUACUAGUAAACGUGUAAACCCGUGAAAGUUGCUUUUGUUUCCUCAAAACUGUAAAUCAUCGCAUUUCGUUGCUUCGACUUUUAUCACUUUUUAACAUUUUUGGUGGAUUAUGUUCAGCAGCUUCUUCCGAUUUCUGAUCACGAAUGAAAAAAAAAUAUUCAGA